AUGGGCACCAAUGGAGGGAGUGGCAUGGGCGCGCACGAAGUCGGAGGCAUGAUGGGCUCUAAUCACCCCCCUGCCACUGAGUACACACUGCAAGGUGUUAUGCGCUUUCUGCAGACCGAAUGGCACCGACACGAACGCGAUCGCAAUGCCUGGGAAAUCGAGAGGCAGGAGAUGAAGAGCAGGAUAGCUGGUCUCGAGGGCCAGGCCAGGAGAGCCGACGCGACCCAGAACACCUUGAAGAAAUAUGUGUCCAUUUUGGAAAAGAAGGUCAAGCAGCAGUUGGCACAGUCAAAGGAGGGUGUCGACCCCUCACAACCCAAACCUCUAGAUCGGGCUGCUUUACUGAAGGAGAAGCUUGCUCCUUCAGGUGACCCCACGGUGCCCAGCACGCUCGCAGCCGACCUCGCCGAUGAAGAGAACCAGCGCAACGAGCUGAGGACCUUCCUUGACCAGUGCCAGGCUGAAUUUACCUACCUCAUGGUUACACCUGCUAAUCCCAUGCCGCCGAGAGACUCGCCCCCCCUUCCUGUGAUGGAAGACUUGCGGGAAACCGAUGCGUUUGGUCAGCAAGUUAUGGACCCGGUUUAUCAACAGCAGGGACUUUCACAACAGCAGCAACAGGCUCACGUUCGCGAGCUUCUGGCCCACCAAGCUAGAAACGCGGCGCCUCUAGCCCACCGUGGUCAGGGCGCACCUGGUCCAAGCAACUAUCCCGUCAAGCAAUUUGAUUUACAGUCUGCCCCCAUGAUGCGUACAUCAAAUGCCGAGCAGCCAUCGGCCAUGUAUGGGAAUGCUGGCGAAUGGACUGGCCAGAUACCUAUCCACGCAAAGCCUCCGGCGGAAUCGGGCCAGGAGCCGGCCCUGCAGCCCAAGCACCCCAAUCGAGCGGAGGAUAGAGGAGAACCUUCCGAGAAGCGCGGCGGGCUCGAGUCAGACAGUUGGGAUUUUAAUGAUAGCAACUUUCCCGAUCCCACUGCCCCCAACCCGCCACCACCACCACCACAACAACAACAACAGCAGCCUCAUCAGGCGUCUCCCAACCGACCGGAUACCGAUGUGUUUCCCGCCGCUGAAAACAUCCCGAAAUCCCCCAACCGCGGUGCUCUGUCUCAUAGAAGAAAGAGUUCGAGCUCCAUGGGCCGGAGGAGAAGUGCGGACCACGAGCUUUCGCUGAACUCUAUGAGCCAGAAAACAGAAAACACCAACUUCAAGCUCAAGUUUGGACUGAGAGGCCACCUGGACACCGUUCGUACUGUGAUCUUUUCUGGAGGCGGGAGUCCUGGCGAGCCUGAGAUCUGCACCGCCGGAGACGACGGGACGAUCAAGCGAUUCCACAUCCCGGAUCGUCAUCCGGGGCAUCCCGGCGCUGGUGUCGGCGACCUCGACGUGACUGCCGAUUUCACACACCGCGGUCACAGUAAUGCUGUUCUCUCUCUGACAUCGUGGUCACCAUCGCCCAACUUCUCCACGGGCGGGCGUGCGCAAGGCGAUGGAUGGAUCUUUUCGGGAGGUCAGGAUGCCACCAUCCGAGUGUGGGAAAGAGGACGUGUCGACCCCAAAGCCACUAUGGAUGCGCAUGCGGAUGCUGUCUGGGCCCUCUGCGUACUUCCCGCCAACCUUGGCUCCAUCUUUGGCCAAAACACUAGCCAUGGCUCACCGGACCGCAUCCUCCUCGUCUCAGGCUCAGCUGAUGGUACGGUCAAGCUGUGGGCAGUCAGUGCACCACCUCAGCUCACCUCACCGCAGCCCAGCACGGGACGGAGGGGUCCUGGCGGUCGCACACGAGGCAACUCGAUGAGUUCCGGCUCCAGCUUCCCGAACUCGCCCCAGCCGACAACCGCCUCCAACUCCCCCUUCCACUACUCGCUGAUACACUCCAUCCCCCGUCCCGAUGACAAGGCCAGUCCAACCAAGAUCACACCCCUGAGCCCCAACGGAGAAACAUUUGUGGUGAGCUACUCGGAUGCUGCCAUCAUCGUUUACGACACCCGGACCGGAGAGCCCACUGGGACCAUGGCCAGUCUAGAAACCUAUGAUGGAACCAUCGCUACCAGUGUCAACGCGGUGGUGGCCACGGUCGUUGGGCUUGAUCAGCCCCAAGGCCUGGGCGAGGAGGAGAGUGGCGGUGGCGGACCAACAGGAGGUGGGCGCGCUAUGGCUGGAUCGGGUGUGGAGGGUGUCAUUAUUUCAGGACACGAAGAUUGCUAUGUGAGAUUCUUCGACGCCAAUAGCGGUCAAUGCACCUACAAUAUGGUUGCCCAUCCCGCUUCCAUCUCCGGUCUCUCCCUCAGCCCCGACGGUCGGGAGUUAGUGAGCGCCGGUCAUGACGGCUCCCUGCGGUUCUGGUCCUUGGAAACACGUUCCUGCACACAAGAAAUUACGAGCCAUAGGGUGAUGCGCGGUGAGGGCGUUUGCUCUGUCGUGUGGAGUCAAGACGGCCGCUGGGUUGUGAGUGGCGGCGGCGACGGUGUGGUCAAGGUGUUUGUGCGGUAGAACCAGCAGAUGUACCGUCGCGGCCACGACCAGAGACUUUCGAGGUCAGAGGGUCACACAAUGCUACCGGCCACGACCAAUAUAAUGCGCUGGGAGUGACGGUGCCUCGCCACACCCGUGAUCUGCCCCCGCCAUCACGCAGACCACCAAGCUCAAGCCUCUUUGGCACGCCAGCCACCUCGUCAUUUCGCCGCUUCUUGGAUGGAUCAGGCCCUUGAUGUGAGGGAUCAGUCACUCUUUUGCUGUUACCAUUGAGUGUUUUUGCUGGGGUUCACAGAAGAUACCAGGAGUUUGGUUUAGUUCACGGCGAAAAAAGGGCGUUGUUGUCUCGACAAUGUGGCAGGAGUUCUCUCUUUUUUUCUUGUUUUCCUUUUCUUUUGCAAAGCAUGAAUAAACACUCAACCAAGCAUUGAGAAUAAUUGGCUUGGAAUAUCUCUUAAGUUGGUAGAGAAGAAAGAAGAACAGCGAGGGUCACCCCCUAACAGUUAGCGGCAGCGGAGGCGCGUUGUAAACAUUUACCACGAUCAUUGUACUCUGUUCUUCAUGGAGAUGUGAUUGUACGAUAAGCAACAGAAAAGGUGCAUCGGCUGGUUUGUCUCUGGUCAUGAAACGAUGGGUUAGUACAGAAGGAGAGAAAUGCAUUCCCCAAUUUCCCCUGUCCUAUUGUUUACCCCUGCUGUAGAUUUGAAGACACCAUGGACGUUGCUGGGAUGUUUGGCGGCAAGCGUUGGCAAUG